AUGGCCUCUGCUCAAAACAUCAUCAAAUGUGCCGUCCUUUCUACGAGCCGCAAAAUUUCCUACAGCAUCGCACAAAAAUCGCAAAAUGGCCCCUGGAUUGUCCUCUCAAACAGCUUCGGCGCUGACACCACUCUGUAUCAGCCUGUUGCCCAGCGUCUCGCCUCAUCAGGCUACCGCGUCCUAAGCUACGACCAUCCCGGCCACGGUCAAAGCACUCCUGUGAAAGACGUCGAUGACGUCGAAAUGGAAGAAUUGAUCAAUGACAUUGACGAACUCCUUCGUGUUUUGCACAUCGACAGCAUCUGCGCCUGGGUCGGCGUCUCACUUGGUGCAGCCAGCGGCAUCUACCUAGCCUGUCGUCACCCAAAAUUGAUCCAAAACCUUGCAUACUGCGCAUGCCCUCCUGCAUCUUUCGGCGCCCUCGGCAUAAUGCCACUUGAGUACUUCGACAAGAUGCGUGCUCAGGCUGAGGCAGAUGGCACUACUGCGAACGUCAUUCGGCAAAUGCACUAUGGCUGGGCGAGCAAAGAGUGGCUCGAUGAGCAUCCAGACCAAGAUGAACGACUUAAACUUGCUAGUUCGACUCUGAGUCUCGAUGGCUUGCGCGCGAUGAUGACGUUGCAGAAGAAUAAGCGCUUUGAUAUGCGGCCGCUCGUACCUCAGCUUCUGGAAAGCUGUGAUAAGAUAAUGUUUGUUAAAGGAGACCAUGAUGCACACCUCAACCCCUUAGUGGAUAUGAUGAGAGACUUGGUUGUCAAGACUGCGCAGGAGAAAGGUGUUGAAGGUGACUUCAAGGUUGUCACUGUACCGGAUUCCGGACACGUAAUGUACUUGGAGAACGAGAGUUACUUCGUUGAUACCAUCCUGGAGUUCAUUUCCUAG